UGCGAGGAUCCAAAGAACCAGUAGUUGCAGCAGCUGCAGUAGCACCCAUGAAGCAGCCAGUUGCAACACCUGUCCAAAGAGCGCCUGUACUUGAGGAGUGGCAGGUUCCUCUGAAGUACCGUAGGGAAACCAUUACAGAAGAAGAGAUUGAAUUUAUUAAUAGAGGAGGCCCUGCAUAGAAAAGGUGCUUUAGAAAUAGUUAAGCCUGUUUUAAUGUAUAUAUUGGCAUUUAUUUUUAUGUUAAGGGACUAUGUUAAUACCUGCACAGUGUAAACUAUGUAUAAAAAAAAUAAAAUACAAUAAGAGAU